AUGCUCGAGAAGCAAAUCAGUGAUGCUGCCGAUGAUCGUUCAUCAUCUGUAUCAGAUUUGGCACCGAGACGCGAAUCGAUAAGAAAGAGCACACCCGUGCCGUCUCCAGAGGCCUCGCUGACCGUGGCUGAUGGUCAGGAGUCAUGGGUAAUGAAACCGAUACUGAAGGAGUUCGUGUUCGCUGAGCUAGGCCUUGACUUCCAAGAUAAGGCUACUCCAGUCGCGACACCAACGUCAAAUAUCGAUAAUGCAAUGUCGGCGCUCAACGAGGCCCUCGAAGACCUUGGAAAAUUAAGGGUGCGCACUGGGGCACUGAGUGUGGACUUCAAAAUCUCCAUAACAGAGGCACGAUCAUGUAUCGACGGAUUUGUCACUGUCAUGUCCUCAAUGCUUGUACCGGACGCAUUCACGAACUCCAUUUUGGAUAUCGGCUUACUUCGCGCGUUACCCGAAAUAAUUGACUCUCCUUUCGUCAAUGUGGAUCCUAGUAUGCGUGUGCUGUAUUACAACGCCAUGUUUUAUGGAUUACAGUUGACGGAAGCCCCAGGAGGAGACCGGAUUAAGAAGGCAUAUAUGAAGAUAUUAGAGAGCGUGCCUGCAUGGCUCGAAUCUCCGAGUGACACAAGCAUGGACAUUCAUACCGCAGCCCUUUCGGCAUGGACAGCGAUGACUUGCCAUGACUACCAGUUAGCAUGGAAGUUUCAUUGCAAGUCCUGCCAGCAUGUCAAAUCAAACGGGAUAGAUCAGCUGGAUGUCAUACCAGCAAAAUCCUUCGAAGAAGAAAGCAGGAAAGAUACCGACCGCUAUACAUACUGGUACAUCCUGUCUAUUGACACCUUCUUCCGUCUGUUCUAUGAUAAGCCGACAGUCUUGCAGUACGUGCCAAACAAGGUUCGGCCACCACUACUCUUUCGUUCCGACAACAUGCACCCCUCAGCUCUGAACGUCACAAUGAGCGCCGUAUGGAUAAGGUACACACUCCUGACAGUAGAAAUGAUCAGCUACGUCGAUAGUCACCAAACACCGGAUCAGGAUGAAAUAGUCUCCCAGAAAAUCGACGAAACUUGCUUACAGAUGGAGGCACUUAUGGACGAGUGGAAAUUACAUGAAAUGAUGAACGCGUCGGAUACUUCAGACGACGUUCGUUGUCUUGUCGCAGAUCACAUUAUGAACAUUUACGCGACGAUAAUCGGGUUGAAAAGAUUGGUACGUCAUCACCAAGCAAGACCUGGGUCAAAGGACAUCGCCCUCCGAGCCGCUCGCCGUGUCCUAAAUACCAUCCUUGACUUCUACAAUACGCCCAGUCUGAAUAUCAAGUUCACGAGCAUAACCGAUCAUUUCAUAACAUUGUAUCCUUUCUGUGUCGUAUUUACACUAUACGAGCACAUACUAGCUUGCAGCAAACCCGAGGAUUGCGAAAGUGAUAUAAAAAUCCUUGAGAACAUCGGAGCUGCUAUGGCUCAAAGCGGUAUAAAACGUCGAGAUUUGGUCCCAUUCGAAAGGACGAUCAACGCUCUAAACCGCGUUUCACGAUCUCUACAAGAAGAGAGGCGAAAAGAAUCGAUGUUGAUUGAGACUAGAGAGCAUGUUGCGCAACAAACGGACCUGCUUCCGACCAGUUUCGAUACAAUUCAGAACCUGAUGGCUAGCGAACUUCCAGACAUCGAUAUGUCAAACUUUUCAUCGAUGCCCGACUACACUCCAAAUAUGGACGGCGAUUUCCAAUCUCUGGGAUUUUUUAGGGCGAUAGAAAACAAUUUCGUUGCGCGGAACUGGCAAACCGACUGGUGGGAUCUCGGUGGUGAUGCGGAUAUCGGAAUGAGCCAGAUUCCAGAUACUAAUCCACCAGAUUUUGCCUACCAAGCACCAAAUACAUGA